ACAAAAGGGCCCGCUUGAACCGAUUCUUCAAUUGUCUUCCUUACCCUACAGCUAAGAAGUCUGAAGCCAUGACCAAAAACCCUUUUUGAUUCUCCUUUCUUCUCUUAAAAAAUCCUCAUAAAAAAUGACUUCUCUUCUUCACUUUUCCACUUCCCCAACCGGCCUGAGUUUCCUCCGCAACAAGACUGGCUUUCGCAUCCCUUUUCAACAUCGCGUCAGAUGUAAUGUUGCUGAAUCUUUGAAGUUCGAGAAUGGAAAGCCAUGCACCCCCAUGUUCAGUAAUAACGAUGUUUUGGCUUCAAAAUCUCAUUUAGACAUUUCGUCAAACACCAACGAUACUAGGCUUCGUAUAUUCUCUGGCACCGCUAAUCCCGCUCUCUCUCAGGAAAUCGCUUGUUACAUGGGUCUGGAGCUUGGAAAGAUUAAGAUAAAACGUUUUGCUGAUGGGGAAAUUUAUGUUCAGUUACAAGAAAGUGUUAGAGGUUGUGAUGUGUUUCUUGUACAACCCACUUGUCCUCCCGCUAAUGAGAAUCUUAUGGAGCUUCUUAUAAUGAUAGAUGCUUGUCGUAGGGCUUCCGCCAAAAAUAUUACUGCUGUUAUUCCGUAUUUUGGGUAUGCUCGUGCUGAUAGAAAGACUCAAGGGCGUGAAUCUAUAGCCGCCAAACUUGUUGCAAACUUAAUAACAGAGGCCGGUGCAAACCGUGUUCUUGCGUGUGAUCUUCAUUCUGGGCAGUCAAUGGGUUACUUUGAUAUUCCUGUGGAUCAUGUCUAUGGUCAGCCAGUGAUACUUGACUACCUGGCCAGCAAGACUAUAUGUUCUGAUGAUUUGGUAGUGGUCUCACCUGAUGUUGGGGGUGUUGCGAGAGCACGUGCUUUUGCCAAAAAACUAUCUGAUGCACCUCUAGCCAUUGUUGAUAAAAGGCGCCAUGGGCAUAAUGUUGCGGAGGUGAUGAAUUUGAUUGGUGACGUGCGGGGAAAGGUGGCAGUUAUGGUGGAUGACAUGAUUGACACAGCUGGAACAAUUGCCAAAGGUGCAGCUCUGUUACAUCAAGAGGGGGCCAGGGAAGUCUAUGCUUGCACUACCCAUGCUGUUUUCAGUCCUCCUGCAAUAGAGAGGUUGUCAAGCGGCCUGUUUCAAGAAGUUAUCAUCACAAAUACCAUUCCUGUGUUGGAGCAGAACUAUUUUCCUCAGCUGACUAUCCUAUCAGUUGCGAAUCUUCUAGGGGAGACCAUAUGGCGUGUUCAUGAUGACUGCUCAGGUGGCUAUGAACCCUAUUCGAGCUUGGGCAUUGACUGAUCAAUUUACAUCGGUGGUUUAAAAUUCAGCUUCACUAUUGCAAUUUUGCUAUCUCCUUGAUAACAUAACUGUGAACCUAUAGCAAAAUCAUAAUUUUCUCAUCAGAGGGGCUGAAUCUUUUAGUUGUUUGUGUUCAAAGCUUUAUUACUAUGUGGUUCAAUAGGCAGGUUUUUAGUUACUUCAAUUGAAUUCUGUACAAAUCUUAGAGAUUCUUGUUUACGGGAAAUGUUAAAAGAGUGAAAGGAAA